AUGAUGCAGGACGACCAGGUCGGUAUUCAACCCAACCACAAGGAGUCCAACAACAACGCAGAGAAGAAGGAGGAGAAGAAGGAAGAAAAGAAGCCGGAGGAAAAGAAACCUGAGGAGAAGAAGCCUGAAGAGAAGAAGGAAGAAAAGAAGCCGGAGGAGAAGAAGCCGGAGGAGAAGAAGCCCGAGGAGAAGAAGGAAGAGAAGAAGCCGGAGGAGAAGAAACCGGAGGAGAAGAAGCCUGAGGAGAAGAAGGAAGAAAAGAAGCCGGAGGAAAAGAAGCCGGAGGAGAAGAAGCCCGAGGAGAAGAAAGAAGAAAAGAAGCCUGAGGAGAAGAAACCUGAGGAGAAAAAGCCAGAGGAGAAGAAGCCGGAGGAAAAGAAGCCGGAGGAGAAGAAGCAGGAGGAGAAGAAGGAGGAAAAGAAGGAGGAAAAGAAGCCGGAGGAGAAGAAGCCGGAGGAGAAGAAGCCGGAAGAGAAGAAGCCGGAGGAGAAGAAGCCGGAGGAGAAGAAGCCUGAAGAGAAGAAGCCGGAGGAGAAGAAGCCUGAAGAGAAGAAGCCGGAGGAGAAGAAGCCGGAGGAAAAGAAGCCAGAGGAGAAGAAGUCCGAGGAGAAGAAGCCAGAGGAGAAGAAGCCCGAAGAGAAGAAGGAGGAAAAGAAGCCGAAGAAGCCCGAAGAGAAGAAGCCUGAGGAGAAGAAACCAGAGGAGAAGAAGCCAGAGGAGAAGAAGCCGGCGCCAAAGGCUGAGGAGGAUGUGCCAGGGCAGCGGCUCAGCAUGCACGUGGCGAGCAUUGCCAGCCAAGACGGCGGCGAGGCCGCGCUGAAGGGCAUCCGCGAGUUCUUCGGAAGCCGAGAGGCUGAGCUGGAGAAAGCACUCGAGGCACAGAAGAUCAGGCAAGAGAAGAUCGUGGCCGAAAUGGAGCGACAAACUGAAGAGAUGCAGCAGAAGAUGGAGGCUCAGCUGGCAGCGGAAGUGCGACAAGGAGAGGAGCUCAGAGAUCGGAUCGAGGCACUUCAGGAGACCUAUACCAGCGUGAGCGACCAGUUGGAGAUGUCGCAGCUCGCCAACGAGAAGCUGCAGGUGGAUCGGGAAGCCUUGCGGAACGACGUGCAACGACUGGAAGAGAUGCUCAAGGAAGAGAAGGAUCUGAAUGAGCAGGAGAGAAAGGCGGCCGAAGAAGAGGCCAAGAAGAAGCAGGAGGAAUUGGCCAAGCUGGAAGAGAAGCAGCGAGAACUUUCGGUCACCGUGAGGGAGCUGGACAAACAGAUGCAGGCAGAGCGUGAAGCUGCUUCCAAGAAGGAGUCCAAGCUGAAGACGGAGCUGGCGGGAGUCGAAGAAGCGCUGACCUCCUCGCGCAAGGAGACGGGACAGGUGCUGUCCGAUCUCAAGGAGUCUCGGAAGGAGAACGCGGCACUCAAGGAGAAGGUUCAAGGCCUGGACCAGAACCUGGUUGACUCUCAAGCCAAAAUCGAGGCGCUCAACAAGCAGCUGCAAAAAGUGAUGGAAGAAGGUGCCAUUCUGAAGAAAGAGACGGAGGUCCUUAAGCAAGCAGCAGAGGUGGCCAAAGGACGCGAGCAGAACUAUAAGUCCAUGAUGGAGAAGUUCGCAGCCAAGAGUAAGGAUUUGGAGACCGGCAUGACAAAGCUGGAGGCCGAGAACAAACAACUCCUGGAUCGCAUCAGUCAGCUGGAGGUGGUUGCUGAGAACGAGAAGAAGCUGUCGAAGCAACUGGAGCAGUCCACCAGCGAGAACGACAAGUUGGCUGCGGAGCUGAAGGAGUUGGAAGUGAGUCUCCAGAGCAAGGACACUCACAUCACCAAGCUCUCAACCGACUUGGAGGAAAGCCACAAGGAGAAGACACUCAUCAAGCAGAAGUCGAAGGAGUUCCAAGUGAAGGCUGAGAAGAAGUUCCAAAAUGAUGAGAGGAAGAUCUGGGAAACCACUGAGAAGGUGGUGCAGGCCAAGGCGGAGACGAAAUAUGCCAUCAAAGAGGCCGAACGCGCCAAGCAGGCCGCCAGACCCGCCUCGCGCGCAUCGCAUCGCAUGCCCCAAGCUGCAGCACCGACCUGA